GGUCACGUCCUGCCUGCGUCCUGUCACGUUUCCCUUCUCAUCCUCAUCCUCCGCGUUUCCGCUUUUUCGCCUUUCCAAACCCUUGCUGGACCCUCGUCAGCCCCGCAGUUAUCGCUUUUAUUUGAACAUUUCAGCUUAGUAUAUACUUCCAGCCAAGCAUACCAAGAAGCUCCAAACGUCUCGCCUCCCAUCGCCGAACGGAGCACCUUGUGUUGGUCAUGAAGACUGGGUUUCCUUCUUUGACCUCUGACCUGAUGAGGCUUCAUGAUAGCUGAGUCAGGCCUUGACUUGAGCCCGAAACCGACUUUAUUCCACCGCAUCACAGACCAUCAACUUACUUUUCCACAGUCCUUUUGAUCGUUGAACGUUUUCCGUCCGUUUCGAGCAUAAUUCAAGACCGAAAUCUAGAGCAUUCCUUCCAUGACGAGAGAGCGUGGCGGUGCAUCCACUCUGGUCUUUACCCACACGUGCCACACCUAACACGGUUCGCCAACUGACCGGUGUCUUGGACUGCUCCAAGUAGUCCGUGGACCUCUUGUACGGUUCUCCAGUCAUAAAGAUUCUAGCCCUGCUACCCCGCGAACCUCUUUCCUUCUUAUUAUGGCUGCCAAUGCCUCCGACCUUCCUGACCACGCGACACCUGCGGCAUCACCUGAAGAGGAAGAAGAGCUUCGUUUUGGCGAGGUGUGGAAGAAAGCUGGUACGAACGAAGUUGGCCCUCCGCUCUCCAAGCAGCGCACCGACAGCUCGAGGCGCAAAUCGUCAAUCCAAUUCCAUACUGCGGAUGCGGAAGAUACGAUAAGACGAGAGAGCGUUGUUCAAGGUCCACGACCGCCCCUGGCACCUAAAAGGAUGUCAUCACCGCCUCCUCCGUCAAACUACCAGCGCGGAAUCUCAUUUGAUACUUUUGAGAACCGAGAUGCUGCCAGCGAGGCUUUUACCCUCAAUUACAAACACCGAGAUUACACUGCGACGUCACGUUCUCGCACGUUUCUAUGUGGAACGGAUGCCAAAGACUACUCAGAGUAUGCUUUGGAGUGGAUGUUGGACGAGCUGGUUGAUGAUGGUGACGAGAUUGUCUGCCUGCGGGUGAUUGAGAAAGACGCAAAAACCGCAGUCGACAGGACCUAUGAUCGGGGAAAGUAUCGACACGAAGCACAGAAACUGCUCGACAGCGUUAUCAAAAAGAAUAGCUCGGAAGAAAAGGCCAUCAGCAUUAUUAUGGAAUUGGCUGUUGGCAAAGUGCAAGAAAUAUUCCAACAAAUGAUCCAACUCUACGAGCCCGCAGCCCUCGUUGUGGGAACCCGGGGUCGAAAUCUUGGAGGAAUGCAAGGACUGUUGCCAGGUUCGGUGUCCAAGUAUUGCCUCCAGCAUUCACCGGUGCCAGUGAUUGUGGUGCGACCCACGUCCAAACGACUGAGGAAGAAGAAAAAGCGUCAAUUAGAGUCUGGUCGCAGCCUUUACAGCAACAUGCUCGAGAAGGCACAGACUUCUGGAGGUAGUCAUGUGUUUGACAAAUCCAGUGGCGUAUUUUCGAUGCGAGCGACAGAACAAGAGGCCGAAGCAGUGGCAAAGGCCAUUGGUCCACCCAAACGUGGUAUUCUCAAGGGCACAUACGGAGGAUCUCUUCCUCGAGUGUCCUCGUCCAGGGGUGACGUAACGUCUGAUGAGGACUCACCAGAGCGCCAGUUUGCGUUGCCCAUUGGCUAUCUGAGCACCGAAAGUGCGCCACGAGCUGACCUCGCGCUGAAGAGUCCCAGUAUUGCAGCUCUGGAGGAGACGUGGGACGACGAGGAUUUUGUCAAACAACCUCCAAAGUCACCGCGGCACAUGCCAAAGACGGACCACAGCGCUAUCGACGAUGCAGUAUCCGACACAGAAGACAGCUAUCUUGGGGUGCCGAAGAUUGUCGAGGAACGAAGACCAUCGGUGAGGGAAACCACUCCAUGGCUGGCCAACAUCCUUCGCGACACGCCCCCUCCGCGGCGGUCUGCUAGCAAAGGUCGGUCACCCGCGCGAUAGCACUGGCAUCUCGUGGCAUGAAGAUGACAUGAAUGCCACUGGAAUCUUGUGUUUAGGAUGUUCCGUAUGGCCAUCAUGGAGGUCGCGCGUCUUGAAAAUGACGUCAAUUGGAGUUGGUGAAAUCAGAAUCUCGGCCCUUGUAUCCGAGUUGCAGGAACAAAGACCUAUCAACCAUGCAUUGUGGUUUAAGUGAAAGUGAAAGGACACGGACGGCAGAUAUCAAUGGGAAGGACCUUUGAAAGAAACCGUGAGAGACGAUCGAUAUGACAUGCAAGUAUAUACUUAUCUUGUGACGCACGACAAGCGAGCGAUAUAGUACAUGAUCAGAAUAACACUCGUUUCUCUUUUGA